CCCCACAAUCGGUGUGGAUUUUAAGCUCAAGCUCAUGACAUUGGAAGGGAAGAGGCUCAAGCUCACGAUCUGGGACACCGCUGGGCAGGAAAGAUUUAGAACACUCACGAGUUCAUACUAUCGAGGAGCUCAAGGCGUCAUUCUUGUUUAUGAUGUUACUAGGAGAGAUACAUUCACGAAUCUUCAAGAUGUUUGGCUCAAAGAGGUCGAGCUCUACUCGACUAACCAGGAUUGUGUGAAGCUGCUGGUUGGAAACAAAGUCGACAGGGAUUCCGAGCGCGCGGUCUCACAACACGAGGGCAUUGCGUUCGCCCGGAAGUAUGGCUGCUUGUUCCUGGAGAGCAGCGCAAAGACUCGCAUCAACGUCCAACAGUGUUUCGAAGAGCUUGUCAGGAAGAUUCUGGAAACGCCCAGCUUGGUAGCUGAGGCCAAGUCAGUGAAGAAGAACAUCCUGAGACCGGGCAACGAGCCUCCUCCUCCCGAGAACGCUGGCAGCUGCGCCUGUUGAAGAUUCCAAGUGUCCAAUUGUUAUCUUUGAAUAUAAAUUAUCGAGCUUUUGAUAGAAGACGUGUAGUUUGACAGCGUGGCAAGCACCGGAACCGCCAACUGUGCGCCUGGAGCCCUAAAAAAGAGAGCACUGACGCUGCUCCCAAGUGUGGAAAAAGCUAUGGAGGCCGUAGUUGCGAUGAAUGCGAGUGUCUCGUUCAUCAAUGGGAAUCGUUUGCGCUCUCCGUCGAUCCAAAAGGUUUGUUUUCCGAGCGGAGCGUGUAGAAGAGGUACUCUUUCCUGUUUCACGACGAGAGCAGCUCUAGAGGGUGAUGAAGGCAGCAAGAAAUCUUCCAUCCGGUUGACGAUCCAGGCAGAGACGCCGGGCCAGUCCGAGCCCGCGAAGCUGGUGAUCGAAGUCCCCGACCACGAGCAAGUCAAAAACGAGGAUGUCAAAAAGGAGGAUGUUCGCGAGAGCGUCACGCAUGUAGCAUCGGAGUCGGCGGUGGAGAGCCCCGAGAGAGUGCAUGAAGAGGCUGAGCACGAAGCCGGAGCUAUAGCAUCCAAGACCGGCGAGGCAGUGGAAGAAGUGACCGAGAACUUGGAAAAAACGGCCGAGCGAGCGUCCGAGGUGGAGGCCGAGCACCUCGGGUCCGGGUCGGAGAGUCCGGUUGCCGGGCUAGGACAAGAGCUACACAAGAACGUGGAGGGGGCCGUGAAGGCGAGCUUGGAGAGUGGACAGAAGGCAAGACAGGGACUGGAGGCUGCUCGAGGGGAAGUGGAGAAGCGAGUGAGCGUCCUGGUGGAGGCGGCCGAGGAGGCCGGGCAGAGAGGGAACAAAGUCGUGGAGGCCGCUAAGAAGAGCCUCGAGGAACUCAAGAGCAGGCUCGGUGGCGUCCAGGAAUCGGCGUCGCGAGCCGCGGGAGACGUCCAGAAGAACGUAGGAGAGUUGCAGAGGAAGAUGGAGCAGCAAGCUCAGCAGGUUUCGGGAUCGAGUGGCGUGGAGAAGCUGCGAUCGGAGGCGGAGAGAGGCGCGGAGAGUUUGGAGCUGGAUCCCGAGAAGCACAAGGCGGUGGAUGCCGAGGACGUGAACAAGGAUGGCGAGAGGAAGCUGGCGGAGGAGCACUGGCAGAGCGAGAAGGAUGAUCCGGAGGGCGGCGGAGUUGUGAGCGAGACCAUCAAGGAGUUUGUGGAUCCGGCGUUGGAAGGGAGUGCGGUGGGACGGGAGGUGCGAGAGGAGGACGAGAUUGGCGAUGGAAACGAGCACCUCAAGAACAUGAAAGAUCUGGUUCUCCACGAUUCAUACGCCCCGAUUGACGACAGUGAUGAUCACAGUGGCAAGUCGGACUAGAGUCUCAUCGAAGUGAAUAAACUUCUAGUUUUUUUUU